AUGAUGAUAAGUGAAUUUGAGAUGAGCUUGGUUGGUGAGUUAAACUACUUCCUUGGACUUCAAGUGAAACAAGAAAAUGAUGGCAUUUUCAUCUCUCAAACAAAGUAUGCCAAGAAUUUAGCGAAGAAGUUUGGUCUCGAGGGUUCAAAAGCUGCUAGAGCUCCAAUGAGCACAUGUGCCAAAAUUCACAAGGACUCAAGUGGCAAGGAUGUUAAUCAAACUCUAUAUAGAAGCAUGAUUAGAAGCUUACUCUACCUGACUGCCAGCAGACCUGACAUCACAUUUGCUAUUAAGGUAUGUGCACGAUUUCAAAACUGUCUCAAGGAGUCUUAUUUACAAGCAGUCAAAACGAUUAUCAAGUAUGUGUAUUGCGCCAUUGAUUAUGGACUUCAAUAUACUCAUGACACCAACACAAACUUGGUUGGGUUCAGUGAUGCUGAUUGGGCUAAGUGA